CCUCCCCUCGGGCGGGUGCAGUGGCACGGCGGAGACGCCAACUAUCGGUUAGGUCUGCUGGCUGUAAACAAAUCUUUACGCCACCACGAUGUAUAGAAAAUACACGUUUACUGAGCAGCGGUUCUCUGUGCGGUCGGCACCUGCGCUCACCUUCAUCAUGUAGCGAGAGCGGCGCCAAAUUGACGUUUUGGAGCUCGGGGACGUAACGACAGUUGGGUUUUGAUUCUGGUUAGAGCUGUCAUUGCUUUGCCCAGUGCCAUCACAGGUAUUUUUUAAUAGACAUAUACGCAGCGAUUGUCAUUAUGCUCGCCAGAGGAAUUGAGCAUCAAAGCUAGCUCGCUGACGGUUAGCAAAACCGUUUGAAUCUGGCUGUUUUCGCAGCGGAGAGCACACCUAGCUACAGUCAUUUCAGCGCCUGAACAUGGCAUCGUCAGCAGAGCACGACCUGUCUCUGUCUGAAGCGGACAGCAGCAAGGAUAAAUCCCAGGUGUUUGGGAUUUUGAGGCUUCAGGAGGAGAAAGCUGCUGCAGGGGAUAAAGCUAACAGCAGCAGCACGGUGAGAGGAGGAGGAGGUGGAGGAGACGGGCGAUGGCAGGCUCCUAUCUUCGCUUUGGCCAGAAAGGCGUCCGAGACCAUUUCAGGAAGCAUUCACGUCCUGCCCAAAGUGUCGGAACACAGGACGUCCCUGCCAGGAGACUGGGCCGUCCAAGCCCUGCGAGACCCCAUGGCCAUGGAACGAGCUAACUUACUGAACAUGGCCAAGCUGAGUAUCAAAGGUUUGAUCGAGUCAGCUCUGAGCUUCGGGCGGACCCUGGACUCAGACUACCCCCCUCUCCAGCAGUUCUUUGUGGUCAUGGAGCACUGCCUCAAACACGGGCUCAGAGUGAAGAAGUCCUUUCUGGGUUUUAAUAAGUCCCUGUGGGGUCCUCUGGAGUUGGUGGAGAAACUGUGUCCCGAAGCGGCAGAGAUCUCAGUGUCCGUACGAGACCUGCCGGGACUUAAGACUCCAUUAGGCAGAGCCAGAGCAUGGCUGCGCCUGGCUCUCAUGCAGAAACGGCUGGCCGACUACCUGCGACUUCUCAUCACCAGAAAAGACUUGCUCAGUGAUUUCUAUGAGAAUUCGGCUCUUAUGUUGGAGGAGGAGGGAGCAGUGAUCGUGGGCCUGCUGGUGGGCCUCAACGUCAUUGAUGCUAACCUGUGUGUGAAAGGCGAGGACCUGGACUCUCAGGUCGGGGUGAUCGACUUCUCCAUGUAUUUGAAGAAUGACAUAGAUGAUUACAGGAGUGAAGAGAGGAAUAGCCAGAUAGCAUCCAUCUUGGAUCAGAAGAAUUAUGUAGAGGAACUGAACCGACAGCUCAACUCCACAGUUCACGGGCUUCAGGGCAGAGUCGACUCUCUAGAGAAGUCCAACUCUAAACUCAUUGAGGAGUUAGCCAUAGCCAAGAACAACAUCAUCAAACUGCAGGAAGAAAACCAGCAGCUGAGGAGUGAAAACAGCCUCAUUCUGCUGAAGACGCAGCAACAUUUAGAGUUAACUCAAGGUGACGUGUCAGUGGAGAGAGACACGUACAAACAGUCUCGUCAGGGUUUGGAUGAGAUGUACAACGAGGUGCGAAGACAGCUAAAAGAGGAGUGUCAGCUCAGACAGGAUGUGGAGAAUGAGCUGGUGGUCCAGGUGUCGAUGAAGCAGGAAAUGGAGCUCGCCAUGAAACUUCUGGAGAAAGAUAUUCACGAAAAACAGGACACACUGAUUGGACUGAGACAGCAGCUGGAUGAGGUCAAAGCCAUCAAUGUAGAAAUGUACCAGAAGAUGCAGUCGUCUGACGAGGAAAUGAAGAAGAAGAAUGAUGUGAUCAGUCGUCUGGAGGAGAAGACCAAUCAGAUCACUGCCACCAUGAAGCAGCUGGAGCAAAGAUUACAGGAGGCAGAGCGGCACCGCACCUCGGCCGAGGAGGGCACCAGACGCUUCAAGCUGGAUUUUGCAAACAAGGCCGACAGCCUCCAGCGGCAGAUCGAACACAGAGAAAAGCAGCUCCAGCAGCUGGAGACGGACCUAAAGAUAGAGAGGGAGUGGAGGCAGACUUUACAAAAUGACCUGCACAGGGAGAGGGACUCAGUAGCUCAGCUCAGCACAGAGGCGCUGCAGAUAAACGGUCUAAAAAAGGAGUUUCAUCGUCUCCAGGAUGAAAAUGUUCAGCUGAAGACCAUUUGUGAGGACCAGGAAAAAGCUCUGGAGGAGCUUGGCUCCAAACUCAGCGAAUCCAAACUGAAGAUUGAGGACAUCAAAGAAGCCAACAAAGCUCUUCAGGGGGGUCAGGUUUGGUUGAAGGACAAAGAAGCCACUCACUGCAAGCUCUGUGAGAAGGAGUUCUCCAUCUCAAGAAGAAAGCACCACUGUAGGAACUGUGGGGAGAUUUUCUGUAACAGCUGCUCUGACAACGAGCUUCCUCUGCCAGCAUCUCCCAAACCAGUGCGAGUCUGUGACACCUGCCACGCCCUCCUCCUGCAGCGAUGCUCCUCCAAUCCAACAUGAAAGAGUGCUGCGCUGGUGCCGUGACGGCCUCGGAACAGUCACACUCAUGAGUACCACCUCUCCAGUGUUGUAUAAGAUCCAUAUCCCAACUUAUAUCUACAGUGUUUGCUGCUAAGGGGUGGAGCACAUGCAUUUUAUGAUCCUUACACUUGAUUUGUCAUUUGUUUAAAGGAAGGAAAAAAAAAAAAGAGCGACAUGUGCAUCUGUCUAACUUGUCGAUGUAGCUGCUUGACUCUGAAUGCAGAACAUCUGCAGAGAGUCUAAAAUAUCUUCCCUUGUAGUCAGAGAAGAGUCUGCUGUAAUAUUAAUAGUUAUGACUGUCAGCCCCAAGUAUAUAUAUUAAGUCUCAAUGAAAAUAACGAAGAAACCAUAUUUAGUUUAUGGUGCACAAUCCAAUGACCAGGUAACCAUUUGUCGUAACUGCUACUCCAAAAAAUGGUCACUAAAGUAAAAGCUCAAACUCUAAGACUUCAUGAAGCCCAGCCAGUGAUCAGCAGGCUGGUUUGGGUAAAGUUCAGGGGGUGUGAGUGUUUGGUUAUGAAAGCAGAAACGGCUCUGCAGAGGUGGAAGUGAAACUGCACUAUGAUGAACACUCCUUGUAGCUAAAAGCAGACAGUUCUAUGAACCAAACCUCUAAUGCAUCUGUUAGUCCUCAAAGUCUCCACAAUAACUUUAAAAUCUCACCUGUUUGACUAUAAAGUUUGCACAUGCAGUAUGGUGGCCUUGCUACGGCUGUCGGCUCGGACUCCUUUGCACCUUCUUUUAAGAUGGAUUUAAAAGAACUCAAGAGUUAAAUGCCUCAGACAGCGUUUAAGGAGGAAAAGAAUUGUGCCACAAAACAACAACAAAAAAUCACUUUCUGUCACCGUUGUAGCAGCAGGUGUUUGACAGACAAAUCACCACAGAACGAAGAUGGUCAUGGCCUCAUAAAAUAGGCUAAAGGCCUCUUUUUAUCUGAAGUUAAGUACUGGAGUUAUUUAUUAAACCUGACUUUGACAUGGAAGUAAUGUUAUGUCCUGACAUAACAUAUUGCACUUUGGGACCUUAGACUGUAUAUAAAAGAUGGACUCACUGGUUAGCGAAGCCCUUAUGUGAGCUGAGUGUUUCUCGUUUCUCAUCUCGAUGUUUGGGGGAUGUUCGUGGUCACUGUGUUGUUUGCUGCACGCACCAAUUGUGAUGUCACCACUGCCAUCACAAUGGCACACUGAUUCUACAGGUUGGACUGAACAGGACUUGCUGCAGUCUUUUCCUGAACAAUAGAUGUCAUCACUCAGGAGAAACCUCCACAUCAGCGCAGGUAUAGGAGUAGAAGAAGUCUCAUCUCAUUGAGCUUGAGCACAAAAACGGAGGUGCACAACCAGCCGAAACGACACUAAUGUGUGGCACACCCCAGCAGUUGUGAUGUCAUAUUAUGCGCAGAAGGGAAGGGAUUAACCAGGUUUUUAAGUCACAAAGUAGGUCUACCUAAAAGGCAUAAACUGCUUUUUUUUGUUGUUUUUUACUCUAAUGGGGACCAUAAUAUACAAAUAAAAGAUCAUGUUGUAUUUAGUAAAAUGUAACACUAGAGAUUAAGACCACAAUCUCAUGAGGAACGUGUUUAACUUCAUAGAUGAGGGUGCUCAAAGGAAGAAAUUCCAAUAGAUUUGUAUAGUCUGACUUCUUUCUGAAAGUUCGCUGCUGACCAUUACAACACGAGACCCAGAAAUUAUCUCCAUCUUUAAUAUACAGUCUAUGUUGCUCAGCUUCAGUCUCGUAUUUCAGAUGUUUUGGUUUCUUGGAAGAUGCACAAGCAAAAUUAGUUAUGAACUUGUCAUCCUGUAUGCAUUUAAUGUUGAGACUCCUUUGCAUAACCAUUGGGAAAAAUCUUAGGACUACAUUUUUAUAAAUCCAGGAACAUUUUUAUAAAUGGGAUUUGUACGCAGUCACACUUCAGGCUAAAUCUGCAGACUAUUUACUGCUCCAGGCAGCUUGAGCUCUGCUGACACUAGUUUCCCGUGGGGAUAUGAAAAGCACUUGAAUUUUUUCUUUGUUUUUUUUUUUUGUGGUAUUUGUGCCAUAUGUGCCUGUGUAAAUGCAGUGAUUACCUUCUUUUCACGUUGCCAAAAUGAGUCCUAUAUUUCUAAAAGGAGAGCCCAGAAUAUUUCAGAGUAGCAACACUAGCCAAGGGGGAAAAAAACAUUAAAGGUACGUUUCACUGUUUUUGUGACACUAAUGCAGUGGGUGCUGCUUUAAGGAGCAAGAGGAGGGGUCGAUGCAGCCAGCUCUAGCUUGUGAGCUCAGUCGUCUCAGUGUGGCUGGUUAAUUUGUUUUUUGGAAAUUAGAGAACAUCACGACUAAAGUUAGUGGUUGUAAACGUGAGUGUUACCUACUUACAAAAUAUGUUUGAACACUUGCCAAUCGUACUGGGUAAAAUCUAGAUUUGAGUUUGUUUUAUACACAUUAAUUUGUACUUUUAUAAGCCUGAAAAUUUUGAACUUUCCCCUGUUUACUUGAAGUUUGUUGCAAUCAGAUGUUAAAGAAUCACUUUUUUUUUUUUUUUUUUUUUUAAACUGCUGCUCCAUUCGUGAGGGGAAGUUUAACCAUUUUAAAAUUGUGCAUUUGUGUUGCCAAACUAAGAGUUUUGAAUGGAAGUUUGAAAUAUGAGUUCCAGUGCAUAUUCUGGUUUUGUGCUUGCAAAGUUUACAAAUUGAUAUAUUUUUUUUCAUUAAAGAACUGGAUGUUGUAAUUCCAGUGAAGAGACAAUAGGCCGGGGAUGAUUUCAAUAAGUGAUAAAAUUGUUUCAGAUAUCGUCUAAACAUGUCAUGAAGAUGUAUUGGCAGAUAUUUCCGAGCUGAACCCAGACUAGUCUUGUUUUUUGUCUUAAAUGUCCCAGAUUAAUGUGGGACUUGUACAGUUGAUACAUAUUAAUGUUGUAUAUAAAUAUUGAUUACCACUGUUGCCCUUUAGCUUACUUUGCAGUUUAAAUUUAACUCUGUUGCCAGCAGUCUGUUGUCUUGACUGUUUCGCAGUUUCUGAUUAAACACUCACAG